UCAAACUAACGCGAUAAUUAAGAAACUCACAUCGCAAGCUGGAAUGGAACCUUUCGGCAGUCCGAGUUUGCCGCACGGACUAUAAAGGAGGCGGCACAACAUCUACAUAAGAAAGUGAAGAGAGAAGACGCAAACUGAAGCGUGCUUAGUAUCUGAUCCCGUGCAAACAAAUAUCUACAAACGCCAGAGAGGCAGCCGAAUUGGACAUUUCCUCAAAUCUUGUAAACAUUGAGGUACGGCGAAGGUUCAUCCGUCGCCAGAGGAGACGAUGUUGUCAUAACUUCACUGUGCAUUGUCCUAUCACCACCAAACUUCUGUCUCAUCAGAGUCCAAGCCUGAACAGCUCUUUGCCUCAUCUCUGGGUUCAAGAGAAACAUCUGAGAGUGAUGACAUCACAGUGUGCCUUUAAUAGAACAGAAGAAGAGAGGUCACCAUACAUACGGUUGGUGGAUACAAAGUUUUAUCACAGCGAAUUCAAUCAUAAGCAAGUCAAGUUUUUCUCUUUUAAAAGAUAAAGCAAUUGACAGUGAUGGAUACGGGGAACGUUUUUAUGGUGGAAGAGCUGGACUUUCUGAGAGGCUGAGAAGGAGAUUGAGUGCUUUAACCUCCAGGAGAUAGAGAAGGGGAUAAAGGACCAAUUAUGAGGAGUUUGAAGAAUCAAGUUCUUAUGAUGGACUGCACAGAGACCUCCAAAAGGACAAAGCUCCCAAAGCUGCUCUUGAAGAGAAGUUGAGAACAAUAAGAGCGGAAACUGAAAUAAAAGAAUCCCAGAGGAGAAAGCGAAAAGAGAACCAUGCUAUUUCAAAAUUUUCGAAGAAGGGCAAGUUGAAAAAGAUCAAACAGCUCAUCCUUGGCGAUCAGAGAAAGACCAGGAGCACAGAUAUGCAAAGCCUCAAAAGCAAAAAAGCAAAAUGACGGCUGAUCUCAAAGAGAAAGAUGAGCUGGUAGAGAAAUUCAAAGCUGAGCUGAAGGGGAAUUGUGAGGUAAUCUUUCAAGGACAGAAAACAAUUAAGGAACUCAAACAGGCAUAUGAGGAUCUUUCUAUGAUGAAACGGAAAUUCCUUGAACAAGACAAUGACAUAAAAUCCCUUCACAUCAGGAUCGAAACUCUUCAGAACAGUUCCGAAGCCAAGAGCAAUACUAUUUCCAUGCUGCAAGAUAGAGUUGACCAGUGGGCCUCUGGUCUCAAAGAGGAGCGGGCAAAUCACUACAAACUACAGAGGGAUUAUGAGGCUGCCCUCUCCCAACAGCAGAGGGACAAAGAAGAGCUGAUCCAUCUGACUUGUAAGAAUCAGCAACUGGCUUUGGAGCAAAAGAGGGCACAAGGUGAACCUAAGGAUGACCACAAGAAACAGCGGGCUCAAGAUAACCAGUCGACCGCGAAAUUCAAACAGGAGCAAGGCAAAAACAAUAAACUCCAAAAGGAUUUGGAAGUUGCCCUCUCCCAGCAGCACAAAGACAAAGAAGAGCUGAUGCUUCUGACGUCUAAAAAUCUGAUACUGGCUUUGGAGCUAAAGAGGCUCCGAGGUGAACUUAAGGAUGACCACAAGAGACAGCUCAAGAUAACCAGUGGACCUUGAAAUUCAAACAGGAGCAAGGUAGAUGCAAUAAACUCCAGAACGAUUUGGAAGUUGCUCUCUCCCAGCAGCAGAAGGACAGAGAAAAGCUGAUGCUUAUGCCUUAUACAAAUCUGAAUCUGCAGAAAUUGGAGCAAAAGAGGCUCAGAGGUGAACUUAAGGAUGACCCCAAGAGAGCUUGCUCUAGAUCAGUGGUUCUCAACCUUUUUUCAGUUACGUACCCCCUUUGAAAAAAACCAGCGCAAAGCAUUUUUGGUUGAAAGAAAGAUGUAAUGUGAUUUAUUAAUCCUUGUAACUAGACACAUUCAAAUUGUAAACUCCAUCAAUGUCCAUAACAUUGCUCAUUUGUAGUGGUCUCUCUUGAACUAUUUGGAAAUAAAAAGAUAUAAAAAUAACUAAAGACUUUUAUUAUUAUCUCAAUAUAAAUAAAGAUUUGUGCACAUCAAAAUAAUUUUCAACUUAAAGUGACCUCUUUUGGGAUCAUAAUAAAUAUAUGUUCUCAAACUGAACUCAUGAAUUUAAUUGUAGCUAAACACUUCUUCCCAAAAUAUAAAUCAUUAACUUAGUUUUAAAUAGAAGAUUAGCUCAAAACAUAUUUUUUAAAUAUUUAUCAUCUUAAAAUAUCUUCUUUAAGGAUCGAAAAUAAUACUGACAGGUAGCUUGUUUCCGUUUGCUUCUGGGAGGCUUUUCGCAUCGUGUCUUGAGAUGACCUGAAUUCCGAAAGUUUCCUCUUAAAAAACUCCUCUUACAAUUUCAUUUCCGCUUUUGUAUUACAUGCUUUUAUUUUGAAAGGGUACUGGUAGAGACGCGGACUUCUUGUUAUGAAUCAUUAACUUCACAACGGAAAACUUUUACGUUUUAGCGACCCCCCGAAGAGGCACAAGCUCUCACGGUGUUGUUUAGGGAAGGCUCUCUGCUCUGGUUUCGCCUUCUUUGGUACUUGUCCCUCCGUGUUUCAGCAGCAUUGCUGCUGCACUUCAACUCGACUCCAUUGUUGAAGUUUUCAAAGCAGGUGAUGACAGGUGAUGACAGGUGGCGUGUGCCAGGUUGGGUCAAACCAUCGGUAUGGGGGAGACUUUUAGGAUAAUUAAAUUGAAAAGCCUACUGAAUAUAAAAUUAAUUCAUGAACUUACACUUGUAUUUUUUUGAAUAUUUGUUAAAUAACAAUUUUUCAAGGAUUUUUGAAUGGAUGCUAAUUUUAAAUAUAUUUAAAAAAAAUCUCAAAUACACCCUGGAGUACCUUCAAGUACCCCCAGGGGUACGCGUACCCCCAUUUGAGAAUCACUGCU